GGACAAUCGAGGCAAAAGCCCCGGCUCCCACCCCGGGCAUGAGAGCCGCUCCCUGCCGCCCGAGACCGCGGAAGACAGGCCCGCCUCCACCCCAGCCGACACUAACCGCCUCCAGAGGUGCAGCUCUUUUGGCCAGAGUAGGGUGACGGAAACCACGCCGGCACUUAGACCAGAAACCUGACCCUCAGGCUUCCUUCGGCGGCGACCACCCUGCGCGACAACAGCCCAGGCGCGGAGCCCAAGCAGCUGCGCCUCCGCCGACCUUCUUUCAUACGCUCGCGCCGAAAGCCCGCUCUCUGGGCACGCCACGCGAUGACGCCGUGACGCGGCACGCACCGUGCGCGCCACCCGGAAGUCAGGCGCUGGCCGGGCCGGUGACGUCUCAGUUCGGUGAAAGCCAAAUGUCUUUUCGAUUGCGUAACAUUCGGUCUGGAAUCGCACGAAGAGGGAGCUGGGGUGCUUGUUCUCUUUUCCCCGAGCCUUCAGAGUACCGGACCGCGCCCCGGUUAUACUCCCCGACUCCUUUCCCUUCUUUCCGCACCAUCUCACGUGUGGGUGGCCGUCCUUGGGCACGGCCUGGGGUCUUGGAAAAGCCUUUGUUCCGUCCUUAGAGCCGGCGUCCCCCUAAAGUGGGCCGACCUUAGAAAACCCCAGGGUGGGCCGAGGUUGUGAACGACUCCCUUCCCGGCUGCUUGUUCGCUAUAGAGGGGAAGGCACUGAGAUUUGAAGCCCAAGUGCGUGUUGCUCUUAGGUAGCGGGUUUUCGAGACCUCAGAGCCUGUUUCCCCACGUGAAAAAUUGUGAAACCCACCUUAACUCUCUCCUGCAGCGUUAGGUACUGCCCUCUGCAGGCUUCCGUAGUAUCCUUUACGUUCUUAAGGUACCCAUCACCCUGGCUUAUGUCUGUCUGCCCCUUCAAACUGCCCUGGAAGACAAGAAUCUGUCCUUAUCAUUCACAGGGUCUGUGACAUGCCUAGCGCAAGGCUUAAUUCGGGGUUGUUGUAUGACCUAGAAAGCCUUCAAUGGGAUUGUGGAGGUGAGAGCUGCUCAUGGGCCUUGUUGCUUCUGGAAGGCUCUUGAGUAAACAGCGGAAGCAAUUUUGGGUUAGAGAAAGGGUUGGGCUCUGCUUGGUUCCUUAGAUGUCUAAUUUUAGUUUGAUCAUCAGGAAACCUUACUAAUACACAUAGACACCAAAGCUCAUGCUCACCUAGGCCUAGGUAACAAAGGAACACAGACCUGUGAUCCUUAUCUAAUGAGAGCUACCACUUACUGAACAUUUGUGACUUAUUCUGCUUUGUGCUUCAUAAGCAAUAUCACAUUUAAUCUUAUAAUAAUCUUAUAAAUUGGAUAGUAUUGUCAGAUGGGGAAAUUGAGUCACCUAGUUAAGUAACUUGCCUGGUAACAAGGCCCAGAUUUCAGUUCAAGUCCAUUUGACUUCAGAUACUUAAGUAUCCUGCGAUUAAAUCUGCAUUUACCCUCUAAAUAAAAACAAUUUGCUUUAUUCCCAUUUUGGGGAGGAGGUCUUCACUAGGGGUGGACUAAUGAGAACUGUUGGCAUGUCAUACAUCCUCUGAAAUGUAUUUUCUCUUACUAUAUAUGCCAGCCCCCCCAACUAUGCUCCUUGCUCCUGUGGUACCAGGAUCUUUAUAUUCAUUUGCUAUGCUGUAAUAUACUUUCUUCCUUAUACUCUUCUAGUGUGACUGUUCAAAUAAUUUACUACUUGUAUUGGAUUUACUAUAUGCUUCAAAACAGGAUCUCUAAAAUGGUAAGUUACUGUGGGAAUAAAGGAAUGAAUUGCUAGUUAAAGCAAGUGUGUGAAUAAGAAGUCAGAAAUGAAAAACAGCUUUGAAAGAAAGAUUCAGGAACAGUGAAUUGAAGAGAUAGGGAAGAGCAAUUAGGAAUCAGGUGGCAAUUAGACCUCCAUAAGUAGGUAGAUCUCCUUCCCUCCUUCAAUUAGGGUAACAGGCAGCAGCUCCCAUCAGAAUCGGAAAUAAAUGGAGAAGCUAGGGAUGAACCUGAACCAACUUGACUAGGAGAAAGAAGGGGUGGAUGAAGGUGGAAGGCAAAACAAGGACACAAAGGAACUGCACCAGGAUGUUACGCUGUGCCUGGGCGCCUGGUGAGCGGAUGGAGCGCUUUGUCCGUGUGCCCUACGGCUUGUGCCAGGGCUAUGGGAGCACACUGCCUUUGGGCCAGCCUGGACUCUCUGAGCACAAACAGCCCGACUGGAGGCAAAACACUGGACCCCCCACUUUCCUGGCCAGGCCAGGGCUGCUGGUGCCUGCGAAUACCUCAGACUACUACAUGGAUCCUUACAAGAGGGCACAGCUUAAGGCCAUUCUCUCCCAGAUGAACCCCAGCCUGAGCCCGCGGCUGUGCAAGGCCAACACCAGGGAGGUAGGCGUGCAGGUGAGCCUGCGGGUGGACAAGUCCGUGCAGUGCUCGCUGGGGCCUCGCACCUUGCGUAGCUGCUCCCCUUGGGGCAGCACGGGCCACAAGGCACCCUUCCCAGCCUGGGGAGUCUAUACGCCAAUGAUUGGCUCCAGGGGCUUGAUCCGAAUGCGAAAGGAUGGAGAAAAUGAAGAGAGGAAGGUGCUUUCCAGUCCUGCAGAGGCCAGCUACCAGCAGCGGCCACCACUAGUGCCAAGGUCGGAAGAAGAUAAGCAGGAGGAACUCCCACAGCAUGAUGAGUUGGGGCCAGAAGACACUUCGAGUCCUCAGGAAAGGCAGAGCAAGCGGGCACAGGGAGACGCUGCUGAUCCACUCAGGAAACCCAACUUCCAGUUUUUGGAACCAAAGUAUGGCUAUUUUCACUGUAAAGAUUGUAAGACCAGAUGGGAGAGUGCUUAUGUGUGGUGCAUUUCUGGAACUAAUAAGGUUUAUUUCAAACAACUCUGUUGCAAAUGCCAAAAGAGUUUUAACCCUUAUCGGGUAGAAGCAAUCCAGUGUCAGACCUGUUCAAAGUCUCGUUGUUCCUGUCCUCAAAAGAAAAGACACAUUGAUCUAAGGAGGCCUCAUCGACAGGAACUGUGUGGCCGCUGCAAAGACAAGAGAUUCUCCUGUGGCAAUAUUUACAGCUUUAAACACAUUGUGUGACAGGCAGUAUGACUUGUACAGGACACCUGAACUCUUCUUGUAACUUACUGUACUGUUCCUUUUUUGCAACUUAGCUCUGACCUGAAACUGGAAAAUGGAUUCGGCUUUUGUACUUUUUGUAGGUUGUGUAACAACUGUACAAUGUGAAUAAAAUAAAUGCAUGUAAAAUAGA